UUUCAUUGAUAGUUCUGCUCAGAGCUUUAAAUGUUAUAACAACUAGAGUUCUAUCUCAAAUGUUCAACUAGCAUAGAAAUUUAUUUCUCAAAGAACUAAGUAACUCUACCUAAGACGGCCAUGUGACAGCUAACACGAGGAUUGCAGUUCAUUCAGAGGUAAGCCUUUUCAUUUAUGUUCAAAUUAAGUCAAAGUUCAUAAGUAAUGAGAAAAUAACUGAUCAUUUCAUCAAACUUUAUCAUUAGCAGGAAUAAAUGCCAGAGGUCGUUGGCAGAUCCGUUCUUAACUAUGCAAACCCCCUUAAAUACAGGAAUUGAAGUCAUUUGGAAAUAGCUACUGAGUCUCCAGUUGUUGCCGGGGUGAAAGAAAAGUAUCAUGUGAAGAGGAGGAAAAAAAAAGAAACCAUUGAGAGAAUCACAGGCUUUCUCAGACCGAUGGGAACAAGACUGACUGUAACCGUGUUCAGCUGCUGACAGUGUGGAAUUGAGUUGUAUGGUGGACAGAAGACAAGCAGGCGAGAGAAAUCCCCAAAGCCCAGUGAAGAGCCAAUAAGAAUUCAGAGCAUGAUUGGAAACGAGAGGAGAAACUGCUCAAGCCUCAUGCAGGUCAUUCAAUAUGGAAACAGACAUCACGAGAGCAACACGAGGAUUAUCAUCUGAAGUGGAAGCUAAGAGGGCAAAAAUGAAGGUGCCUGUAUUUGAGGAUGUAAAAGGUGAAACUGAAGAGAUUGAAAAUGUGGAGGAGGAAGAAGAGCAGGAGGACAAGGUGUUUCUUAAACCUGUUAUUGAAGAUCUAAGCAUGGAACUGGCCAGAAAGUGCACUGAACUCAUUAGUGAUAUUCAUUAUAAAGAAGAUUAUAAAAAGUCUAAGGACAAGUGUACAUUUGUGACUGAUACUCCUAUGCUAAACCAUGUGAAAAAUGUUGGUGCUUUUAUUUCUGAGGCAAAAUACAAAGGUAGCAUUAAAGCUGAUCUCUCCAACUGUCUGUAUAAGCAUAUGCCAGCCACCAUUGACAGUGUCUUUGCCAGAGAGGUGUCCCAGCUUCAGAGUGAGGUUGCCUACAAGCAGAAGCAUGAUGCUGAGAAAGGCUUCUCUGAUUACGCCCACAUGAAGGAACCACCAGAGGUCAGACAUGCCAUGGAGGUCAACAGACACCAGAGUAAUAUUUCUUACAGAAAAGAUGUGCAGGACACGCACACAUACACAGCGGAGCUUGACAGAGCGGAUAUCAAGAAGGCAACCCAGAUCUCCAAGAUCAUAAGCAAUGUAGAAUACAAGAAAGGGCAAGGCAUAGUGAAUAAGGAGCCUUCUGUGAUUGGAAGACCAGACUUUGAACACGCUGUGGAAGCUUCUAAGCUUUCUAGUCAGGUUAAAUAUAAAGAAAAAUUUGAUAAUGAAAUGAAGGAAAAGAGCCACCACUACAACCCUCUGGAAAGUGCUUCAUUUAGGCAACACCGGCUCGCUACUGUCCUGGCGAGUGAUGUGAAGUACAAGAAAGAUGUUCAAACCAUUCACGAACCAGUUUCAGAUCUCCCAAACCUGUUGUUUUUAGACCAUGCUCUGAAGGCCAGCAAAAUGCUCAGUGGGUGGGAAUAUAAAAAGAAUUUUGAAGAAAACAAAGGGUUGUACCACUUUGAUGCGGAGGCCACGGAACACGUGCACCACAAAGACGCUGCCGUCCUCCUGAGCCAGGUAAAAUACAGAGAAGAAUAUGAGAAGAAUAAGGGAAAGUCCAUGCUGGAGUUUGUUGAGACACCGUCAUAUCAGUCUUCAAAGGAAGCUCAGAAGAUGCAGAGUGAGAAGGUUUACAAAGAAGAUUUUGAGAAGGAGAUUAAAGGAAGGUCCUCACUGGAUUUAGACAAGACUCCCGAAUUUCUACACUUGAAGUACCUCACCAACCUGAUGAAGGAGAAAGAAUAUAAAAAAGAUCUGGAAAAUGAAAUAAAAGGGAAAGGAAUGGAACUUAGUUCUGAAGUUCUUGAUAUUCAGAGAGCAAAGCGAGCGUCUGAAAUGGCCAGCGAGAAAGAAUACAAGAAGGACCUGGAGUCAGAAAUUAAAGGGAAGGGAAUGCAAAUUGACACUGAUACCCUUGAAAUACAACGUGCCAAAAAAGCUGCCAAGAUAGCCAGUGAGAAAGACUAUAAACGAGAUCUGGAGACGGAGAUUAAAGGGAAAGGAAUGCAGGUCAGCACAGACACUCUGGAUGUUCAGAGAGCUAAGAGGGCAUCUGAGAUGGCCAGCCAGAAGCAAUAUAAGAAAGACUUAGAGAAUGAAAUUAAGGGGAAGGGAAUGCAAGUGAAUAUGGACAUCCCAGAUAUGCUUCGAGCCAAGAGGGCAUCUGAAAUCUACAGCCAGAGAAAGUAUAAAGAUGAAGCUGGGAAAAUGCUUUCCAACUAUUCCACUGUGGCAGAUACUCCUGAAAUCCAGAGAGUUAAGACGACACAACAGAACAUUAGCAACGUGUUCUAUAAGGAAGGUGUAGGAGCUGGCACAUCCCUAAGGAACACUCCGGAGACUGAACGAGUGAAGAAAAACCAGCACAACAUUAGUUCUGUGAAAUCUGAAGAAAGACUUAAAUAUGCAGCAGCCAUUUCUGAUGCUCCUGAGCGAAAGGGGGUUACAGAAAACAAGAGGAACGCCACCAACUUGCAGUAUAAAGAUCACAACUAUAAAGCCACUCCGGUAACCACGACCCCGGAGAUAGAGAGAGUGAGGCAGAACCAGGAGCAGCUGAGUGCGGUCAAAUACAAAGGAGAGGUAAAGCAAGCAACUUCCAUUUCGGAUCUGCCAGAGCUGAAGAGAGUGAAAGAAAACCAGAAGAAUAUCAGCAAUGUUUAUUAUAAAGGUCAACUGGGAAGGGCUACAGCUUUAAGCAUAACUCCUGAAAUGGAAAGAGUAAAGAAGAAUCAAGAAAAUAUUAGCUCGGUGAAAUACACUCAGGAACACAAACAAAUGAAAGGUAGACCGUGUCUGAUCGUAGACACACCUGCUUUGAGACAUGUUAAAGAAGCACAAACUCAUGCUUCCAUGGUUAAAUACCAUGAAGAUUUUGAGAAGACAAAGGGAAGGGGCUUCACUCCUGUCGUGGACGACCCUGUGACGGAGAGGGUGCGGAAGAACACCCAGGUUGUGAGCGAUGCUGCCUAUAAGGGUGUCCAGCCCCAUGUUGUGGAGAUGGACAGAAGACCAGGGAUCAUUGUUGCACCUGUUCUUCCUGGAGCUUACCAGCAGAGCCAUUCCCAAGGCUAUGGGUACAUGCACCAGACCAGUGUGUCAUCCAUGAGGUCAAUGCAGCAUUCACCAAACCUAAGGACCUACCGAGCCAUGUAUGAUUACAGUGCCCAGGAUGAAGACGAGGUCUCCUUCCGAGAUGGUGACUACAUUGUCAACGUGCAGCCCAUUGAUGAUGGCUGGAUGUAUGGCACCGUGCAGAGAACCGGGAGAACGGGCAUGCUCCCAGCAAAUUACAUUGAGUUUGUUAAUUAAUUCUUGCUCCUUGCCCUUUGAGCUUUAUUCUCAUGUAUUCAAAGCCCAAUCUUUUUAAAAGAUAGAAGAUACUUUUCAGAUAACUUGGCAAUUAUUUUACAAUAAUGUAACCUUACUUUGACAAUUAGACACACAGGUACCAGGAAAAAAGGAAUGCCUUUAGGGCUGGAAACAGCAGCAUCCAUAAUAAUUCCUGUAAGCAAAAUAAUUAGGUCUGGAGAUCUGGUGCUGCUAAUUGUGUUUGUGUGGUUUCAUUUGAUUGGCUAUCCAACCUUCUGGAAAAUGUAUUUUUGUAGACCUUAAUAGAGAUGUUGAUUGUCCAUUAAAUGUAACAAAUGUAUAAAACUUCUUAGCUGUCACUUGGAAUCAUCCAAAGCCAAUUCUGAUAGUUUCAGCAACACAGCCAAUAAUUUAAAAACUGUUUAGCUUUUGAAUCGUUGGGUAAUUUUCAAUUCAAGUGAGACUGGCCUACUAUAACAAAUAGAAACAGUGGCAGAAUGGGUCUGAUUAAAAUCGUAUUGACUGUAGCUUUAGGGAGCUGGCAGGAAACUUGCCUUUUCCUUAGGCUGAAUAAGAAAUAGUUAUUUCUCAUGUGUUACAUAGUGUAGCCUAUCUCCAUUUACGUUCUGUGGAGCAGAGCAUGUGCUCAGGUCCCCAGAAUGUCAAGACGAGGUAACUUCACAGCUACUCUGCAGAGGGCGAAGUUCAGUGUCAUCUGUAUUAUUUAGCCAGUCAUCUCUAUCCUGUUGCAUGUCUCUGUGGGCUUAAGCUUCUGUAACACGGCAGCUGCUUGCCCAUCCUCGGUAUUAAAGUCAACAGUGUAGCCCACCUCUCCCUGCCCUUCCUUCCUGUUGCCCGUGUGUCAGAAAAUGUUUUGAAGAGUUGCCUGAGCCAUUCUUGCUGUAUUACACUCUAGUUUUGAAAGACUCAUGCCUUAGGAAAUACACAUAUACACUGGUAAAUAGGAGAUCUAUGCAUUUGCUGGAUAGCUUUCAUUCACUUAAUACCACCAUUAAUUUAAAAGCGAAGUAAACUGAACAGCAUCCUGUGUAAGGGCACAUGGACUGUAAAGUAUACUGGAGGAAAACCAAGGCCCAAAACAGUUAGCAGAGGUCGGCUCCACAAUCAGACGAUCUGGUCAUAGAAUUUGGCAGUCAGUCUUCAGACUCUGGGAUGGAAAUCUAGCCAGUAAGUAUGUUCAUAAAAAAGCUUUAUUCCGCCACCCUGGUUUUUGUUUUCUAAAUCACCUCCAGGGUUAGAUGAAAAUACCCUCAGUGAUUAAGGGGGGCAUGGAGGUUCAGCAGACAAUUCACUAAGAAAGAAAGCAGUGUCUUGUUUUGCUUGAAUGUGCAGGAGUUUUAUGGAUUCACAGGCCCAAGCACAACCAUUACUGCUGUGUCUUAAAUUUGGUCUGGAGUCUGCACUCACGGUUACCUGGAUGUUGACAUUUAUCGCAACUGUUUUUCUCCUGGGCCCUCUUACUGUGACAGGCAGCUGGGUCGCAUUCGGGUGGGAUAUGAAAUUGAAGAGAGCAAAAUCACAAAAAAAUGUAAGAAGACACUGGGACUCUAGAAAUAUCCACCUUACACAAUAUGUUUAAGGAAACAAACAAAGCAUCCACCAGUGAAAAGCAUUUGAAAGAAAUGUUUAUGAGGCCAAAGCCCAAAGUUGGUUCAUUUAAACCUUUGAAAAGUGAGCCCAUACUUUUGAAAAUCAUUAGUUUCAUUAGAAUUGCCUUUAAGAGAAGUUUUAUUACAUUGAGGCAUAUUUCUGUGACACUGACAGAAAAUUGAAAAGAAACUUCUUCAUAUAACAAGAUGUUUUUCUGGAAAGGUUUUUUGUUUUUGUUUUUAAAAUAUAGACUCAUAAAUAAAGAGCUCACCGAGUUUCCUGUCAUUUAAAUAGCCAGUCAUGAUUAACUUUCCUGUUUUCAUGUCUGGAAUACACACCUACAAAGACAAACUGCAGUUGCAAUAAUUUUGCAAAAACAUGGGUGAUAAACUAGCUCCUUUAUGCUGUGUGUCUUUUAUGCUUCCCCAGACAGAUCAUUUGUAUGUGUGUGUGUGUGUGUGUGAUUAUCAAGAAGAAGAGUAGUUGCUAAUGAAAACUUCAGGACAAAUGCAAGCAGGUCUGAUAUUUUAUAAUAGCAUGUGUACAGGAAGUACAGUGGAAGCCAACUUUGCAAUGAUGCUUAAUAUCAGCUUAGUCCCAUUAAGUGGCAGCUUGAGAGUCCUUGUUUUUGCUGCUCAUUAAUUUCAAACUUGAUGAAUGUGAAAAUCAGUACAUACUUAGGAAAUAGGUAUCCUAAAUGUUGAGCUUCACAUAAAUGUUUGCAUAGCAAGAUACUUCUGUUUUAAGCCUUUCAGAAUUAAGAUGUGAUCUGAAUUCCAUAAAGGACAGUUAUUUUCAAUAUAGACUGAGGAAGAACAAGAGAUUGUAUGCCUUUGAGGUUAUGCAUUGAUAAUCUUGACAUUGUUACUCGCACAUGUAAGGAUGUUACCCAUCUCAGCAGGAAAUAGAAGCAUAGAUGUGUCAUAACCAGGUGCCAUCGUUUGCAGCGUCACUCUAAAAGAUACUGCAUUCUUGACACCCUUUUCACUUCUCACAUGCCGCCCUCCCACUUGCAGUUUGGCAGCUAGUGUCUCCCAUGUAACGCUGACAGCUGUAAAGAACUUACAAACAAGCCCUUUAGAACUCAAGUUAAAGGACUAAAUGCCAAGCGCAGAGAGCAUGCACCUGUUCCUAAAUGGGAUGGAUUCUCAAGCUUGACAGAUGCACAAGAAGCUGCUUGCUCACUCUGGAGCAAGGCUCUGAAGACAAAUGUGUUUGGUUUAUAUUUCUCUUGAGAAAGUUUAGCAAUAGAAUAUACUGCUUUUUGUUGUAAGCUUUUGUAGCAGAUUAAAAAAAGAUUUCUUGUUCUUUAGAAAGCCUUCUGUUUCUAACCUGUGACAAAAUGAGUACUUCAUGUCGUCAUUUUGUUUGCACAUCCACAGCACAACCUAGUUUAAAAUUUUGAUCUGGUUGUCGUUCUCCAUGGAGGCCCUGUAUCUUCCCAUGUCCCCCAGCCUUCACAGAGUACCCAGGGAUGUCUAAGCACAAUUUCCAGCACCUUGUAUGGGGAUAGAUGAGAUUAGUUCAGUCCCUCUCUUGCCACUUGGCCCUUUCCUUAAAGAUAAAGAUGUUGUUGGCCAGUUUUACUAUACCCUUUUACUCCAGAUCCAUUCUGUGCUGGUUUCAUACCACUCCAGGAAUCAGGGAGAAACCAUUUCCAUAAAUGAGAGUAAGUGACAAAGCUAGUUUUCAGUUUUACCCACCUCCAGUGGAAUUCUUUCAGUGAAAUGAAAAUGAAGAUAAGUGUGAUCUUUAAUAACACAGCCCCAUGCACAAUGGACAUAGUUUGUACUAAUGUUAUACUAUAGGUGUAUACAAAAUAGGUGCCUUUUGAUUGUGCUUGUUUAACAUUGUAGGCUUGGAAGGGAAACCAAGCACUGAACUUCUGCAUAUUCUGUAACAGUAUUUUAUGAUGCACUAUUGAUAUUUUUGUGGUGAGAAAUGGGAUGCCCUGACUGAGAGUUGUUACAGGUGGUGAGUCGUUGUAUUUUCCUCCUAAGAACUUCAGAAAAUGUUGACUUCAAUAUUUUGAAAAGUUAGUUUUUUUGUGAAUUUAUAUAUAUUUGAGAUAUAUAAGCAUUAAGUUUAGGUUUGGGUUUAAAAUACUUAUGGUGAGAUAGAUUAGUUAUAUUAUGAGGCUGAAUUCACUGAAUAAGAUGAGCUUUAUGAUUUGAUUAUAUUUUAACUGCCCCUGAUAAUCUGAAUUAUUGCAUUUGUAUGGGGUACUACAACAUGAUGCUAAAGCUUCAGUUAAGUAGGAAACUAUGUAAGCUAAUUUAGAGAUGCUAAAAACAAAAGUCUCUCUGAAGUAUUCCAUGCCUCUUGGGAUCCUUUUCCAGGUGAGUAGCUGUCAAUAACUGAUGACCAAAAAAGUCAAGACAUUGUGCGAAACUUCUGUGGUCAUCAUUCCAGGAUGUGUAAGAAUUGUCAAGCCUGGAAGGCUUCCUGGGGAAAUAUCCUUCCCAAUUGUCUGUAACUUCACUGUAUCUACAGAACCUCCACAUAGUUACUGUGUGUGACAGAUUGUAUCAUGUUUGCACAGCACACACUUAACUGUUGUUUAUUAUUGUUAAAGAUGAUUUUCUUUAAAGGAAAGAGAGAAAACUGCAUUGCAGCCUCCUUCCUUCAUGUCCAUACAAUGAGUUGCAGCGCAUUUCAAAAGUAGCAUCAAGUGUGUAACAGGCACGAUAUUUGACCUGUGAGAGAAACACAAAUUAGAAUGAUGUAGUUUGGCUUCUGUCUGCUUUGAAAUAUGCACAAUUGUGGUUUGUGAUUAAUUUGUAAAAUUGUACUAACUUUGAGAACACAAUUAUUUUGAAAGAAGCAUUAAAUGUUUUCUUUUUUUCAAAUGGAAGGGGAAUCACAGGAUGAUAAAAGAUUAUUAGUAUAAUUUGGCUUUUGUUAUGCAAGUUGUUAACACCAGCUAUUAAAAUAUAUUUUAGUAGAAAUGCUUCAAUUCAUGUUUUUUUUUUCCUCUACACUGUGAAUCUUAAGCCUUCGUGGACCAGAGACACAUUGUGAUGUCCGAAGGACUAACCUAUGCAAAUGAGCUCACACCUUAUUGCUGUCACAGGAAACAUGUGCUAAGACAUUAUUUCUCCUCCUAAUGUACAGCAGUAUUGAAACAA